CAACGUUGCAAACAGCACCCCGACACAACAUUGCCAAACACCUUUGACAAAAUGGGCAUUCCUCUUGGAUCAGCAUCGAUAAACGCAGCUCGUUCUAUCCUCGGAACGCCUCUUCAGGUUCACUCUACAGCUCCUCUGACCGGGUUCUUCCGCGAUGGGUAUUGCAGGGCAUCCCCGAUGGAUCCUGGUCGUCAUACAGCCGCUGCCAUUGUGACGGAAGAGUUCCUCGAUUUUAGUGCAUCACGAGGAAACGACCUUCGCCAGGUCGGCUUGAAGCAGGAUUGCAAGUGGUGUCUCUGCGUCUCGCGCUGGGUCGAGGCACUCACCGCACACAAAGAGGGAAGGAUUGGGGCAAACGCAGUUCCCAAACUCGUGCUGAACUCUAGCGACGAAAGUAUGGUCCGCGACAGCGGGUUAUCCCUGCAAGAACUGGAACAAUGGGCCAUUGACUCGAGGCAUUCGAAUUGAUGAAGGGGGUAGAAAAAGGGAUUGUACGAUAAGCAGUGUGUUGAAACGAAUGUAAUGCAAUAGCCAAGCUAACCUCAAAUGAACUCCGUGAAAC